AAAUACGAUGAUGCAACUUGCAAACACUAGUUGUAACAUUGCAGGCUGAGAAGGGUUCUUCCAUCUAUUUAUGCAAAGCAGAACCAUUGCCCCCACAAAGCCAACAAAGAGAGAAAUUGAUUCUAAGAAAAUGGAAGAGUGUUGUGCGCUGUGUGAGAAGAGAGCCAUGAUGCAGUGCGAUUCGGACCAGGCUAAGCUAUGUUGGGACUGCGAUGAGAAAGUUCACAGUGCCAAUUUCUUGGUCGCAAAGCAUUCGAGGAUUUUGUUGUGUCGUUUGUGUCAUUCUCUCACUCCUUGGAAGGCUUCCGGCACCAAACUCACACCCACUGUUUCUUUCUGUCAUCGUUGCGUCGCAGAUCGACACAACAGGUUCACCCAAUUGGACCGUAAUGAGCAACUGCAUCCGAACUAUGUGGAUGAGGAUGGGGAAUAUGGCCAUGCCCGUCAUCAUCAUGAUGAUGAUAAUGAUGAUGAUGAAGGAGAAGAUGAUGAUGAAGAAGGAGAGAAUCAAGUGGUUCCAAUGUCCUCUGCUUCUGCCUCGUCACCACCAAGUGCCUCUGAUUUAGCAUUGAAGCGGUUGCGAAAUAACUCUUUCUCUGUCGAUUCUCAUGAAGAGACAGGGUGUUCUUCAUCUGAGAUGCAUAGUGGUGCAAUGCCCAGUAGUGAUGAAUCAACCUCUAUGAGCGUCUUUGGGUCAUUGAAGAAGCAUCGAAAUGAUGAGCGAAAUUACUGAUAGAGAUUGAAGAUCAAAGGGGUGGUGAAGGUUUGUGUUGAUGAACCCACCUUGAUUGAAAAUCUGGACCGUUGAUGAUGAUUUAAUUACACACUAUGCUUAGUGCUAACCCCAUCUUUCUCUGGGAACUUGGUGGUUUGUCUCUUUCCUUUUCCCAUUCAGUUUUGUAGCCAAUCCCGUUGAUGAUAACUCAACUCUAGUUCAUAUUUCAUGAUACCCUUUUUUUACGCCAAGGAUAUGUACAUACGUUUCAAUCCUAUGUUGAUUCCUUUGCACCUGUUAUUUCAUCAGUGUCUUACUUUUAUCUCUUGUGUAAAAUUGCACCGAAAAUAUAAAUACAAGGUUUUUCUUUUCAC